AUGUGUGAUCUGCCAACUUUGACAUCGCGGGAGACGAAUGUAAGGAGUGGGGGAAAAGCAUCUGGAUUUCGAGCAUAUUUGAACAAUGCUGUUACAGGACAGACAGCUACUCAGGAUCGUAUUGAUAGGCUAAGUAACUGGACACUUUUUGAUUUGGCCAUUUCUUUGCAGGCUACUAUUAUUAUACUUAACAUAUUAAGUGCACUGGCAAUGAGCAUUGUUGAAUUUUUGAGUCCAUGGCCUAUGCUACUUAUGGCUUUACUAUUAUUCAUCCCCAUUUUUCCAAUAUUGUGCUCUAAUCAGCGCGAAGAAAUUUUGAAACUCUUUGGUACGAUGCAAUUAACAUGUGGCUUUGUUGAACUGUUCUGGUCCAGCUGUGUCUUACUUGACAUGCAUUAUCAUUCCAACGAUUGGCGUGCAUACUUCACCAUGUGUACCGUAUCUUGGCAGUUUUUGGUGAUUCGAUGA